UCAAGGGAAAUUAUUCGACUACUAAAUUUUCUCCCCUCUCUCAUAGCAACCUUAAUUAUUCGCCAUAGCAACGAACGCACCUAAGCACACUCACGCAAUCAAUUAAAGAGUAAGUUUUAUCAGUCUUUCACAAUGAUGGCUACGGCAAGUGAAGCUAUUUGUGAAAUAUCCGAUAUAAAUUCGGAAUUACCAAUUACAGAUGUUGUAGCUGUUAAAGAUACGGUCCAGAUACCAGUGAAAAAAGAGUACGUGAUAAAUACUCUAGACCACCUGAGAGCGAUCGACAAUGUUAUUAAAGAAGGCACAAAUGAUGAAAAUGCUGUCGAGAAAAUUCCCUUAAUUACAAACUGUAUUCAAACUUUGGACAACCAGCGGUUUCACUUUCAUGAAGAACUGGAAAAAGAAACAAUUAUUAGAUUUGCCCUUCAACAUUGUCUCAUGAAUUUACCUACAAAUAUCCAAAAUGAAAUUAACGCUGCAGUUGAAGCUGCUAAAAGACAGAAUGAUGCUAUUAGAAAAAGUAAAAUUGAAGGGCUCAAUGAUCUGGAAGAGAAAAUUAGCAAAGCACGAGAAGAGCAAGUACGGUUUGAAAAAGAGAACAAUAUUUUGCUGCCACAAAGAAAUGAGAUGAGAAAAAGUCAUGAUCGCUGUCUGCUGGAUUUGAACAAACUGCUCGCUCAUAAAUCCGAGUUACAGAUCUCAUUGAAUGAAACCAGAGAGAAAAUCAGUUUACAUAAUCAAGAGAUAGUGCAAACUGAAUAUGACAUUUUGGAACUUAGAAAUGCUGUGGCCAAAGAAUGGGAAGAUGCAAAUAAAAAAAUUGAGGAAUACAAAAUUGAUAUUGAAAAUACAGAAAAAUGCUUGAAAAUGGAGCUGUCAAGAAAUGAAGUAACGAAGAAGGAAGAAGUUAAAAUCAAGGAAGAAUUAUCAGCUAGCAACUUAUUAAACCAAGAUAUUCAAACUAAUGAGAGAUCUCUGAAUAAUGAAGUUGUUUCAAAGAAGAAAGAAUAUCAGAUGCUUCAACUUGAAUUGGAUGCUGAACUAAAACUAGAACAAAAUUUAUUAUCUGAGAAAAAGAAAUUAUCCCAACAGCAACUAAAACUAACAAAUAAAUCUGAUACUCUUACCAGUGAAAAGAAGAAGAUUUUGAAUGAAUUAAAUAUGAGAUAUCAAUAUGAGACAGACAACUCAGUUCAUCUUAAGCAACAACUAAAAGAUCAGCAAGAAGCACUUAGAGUCAAUAAAGAAGCUCUAAUAAAGUCUGAAGAAAAGCUGGAAAUUAUCAAAAAUGAACAUAAAAUUAAAGAAGCUGAAUAUAAAACACAAAAGGAAGCAUUACGUAAUCUUGAAAAAACAAACAGAGAAAUUUCAGAAACAAUUCAAAGAGCCAAAAUUAGCAACAGCUUAACUGUUGCUCAUCUCAACCAACAAAUUGAGAAGUAUGGCCAAAAAUAUGAGGAAGAAAAACAACUCCGAGAGGAUAUACAACAAGAGAAAAAAGACAUAUAUACUGAAAUUGAUAUUACUAAAGCCCAUCAAAGGGAAUAUGCAGGAGAAAUGAAAAAAAAAAUUGCUGAUAUGAAGGAACAAUGUACUGAAAAGGACGAACAGGCUGAGAGUCUCAAAAAUGUCAUCCAGGAACUUGACAAUAAAAUAUGUUCUUUGGAAAAGGAGAUAGAAUCUGACAAAACCAAAUUCGCUGCUUUAAUUGAUCAGAAAAAAGAAAAGAUUAAAGAAACACAACAAGCUAUCUCAAAGUUAGAAGAAACUGUUAAGGAAAAGAAUGCAGUUAUAGAAAAGAGGACUCCAGCAUUUGAAGAAAUGGAGAAGCAUUUUCAACAGCAGACUGACAUCUUUAAUGAGAGUAAAGAUACAUUUAUUGUCACCCGCCGUACGGACAUUGCCUUAACAAAUGAGAUAAAAGAAAUGGAAAACUCUGUAGCAGAAGCUGAGGCACCAUUGAAUGACCUUCGUAAUAAGAUCAAGGAGUCUCGUGAAGAGUAUCUAAGACUGCUAGACUCUCAUUCACAGGAAUCAAAAACAACAGAAGAAGAGAUCUAUGCUCAGAGUUGUAAACUGAAAAUAUUAAUUGAAGAAAACAACAGACUGAAACAAGAUACACUAGCCAAGGAAAGAGAGUCUGAAGAUGUUAUAAAGUCCACUGAGAAACUUGAAAAAAUACUACUGCAACUUAAAAGAGAGGUUUUGAAUGCAAAAGAGGAAUUCUCAAAAGAUCUCACAACUAUGUCGGACAUGCAAGAGAAAAUACAGAAAAGAGACCAACUGACUGUUGACCAGAUGGACGUUUCAAAAAACAUCAUUGAUACAAACAUCCAAAUUGUAAACAAUGUCAGUAAAAAAGUACACAAACAACUGGAAACAUUGGGAACAUAUUUGAAAGGCACUGAAAUAAGGCGCCCAGACUAAGAGAAUGGUUACACUUCAAACUGCACUGUGUAUAUGCAUGCAUGCAUGCAUACAUACAUACAUACAUACAUAUUUGUUUUUGAAAAUAGUGGGUUUUUUAACUGCAGCCCUCUUGUGAAAUAUGGCUUUGUGCAGCUCCCAGCAAACAGUUUUUGUGGAAAAGCUCUGCACGAAUUUUGGGAGCUGUACUUUUGUGAUCCUUUCUAACAAUUCGCGUAAGAGU